AUGAAAAUAUCCAUUGUCGAAGCCUGGGGAACAUUGUCCAAUGAUGAGGAGAUCGCUUAUGCUCCACAACUUAAGCAGAUGGUCUUAGUUACUCCUCAAUACGACGAGUGGCUCAGAGAAUCUAAUGCCGAGCGACCACUGAUGGGACAAUCCGAGGAAGUCAAGAAAUUAAUGGCUAUCAUUGAGGCGAAGGACAAAGAAAAUGCGCAAUUAAGGCAAUCUGUGGAAAUGAAUAAAGGUCUGGCAGAGAAGAAUAAGAAAUUGUGUGAAGAAAUGCAAAAAAGAUACCAGGAAUUGAAAAAGAAAGUAUUUCUCACAAUAGCUACCCAAAGAAGGCCCAUCAUCACCAGAUCUCGAAGUAGAGCCUUGAGACAGCCUGCAAACACGAGUUCAAUACCAGAAACUUCAGAAAGAUCUGCUAUGGUUACGUCACCGGACUUCACAGCAUUGAGAGCUCAGUUAAAUGAGGAAUCCCACCACCACGUUGCAGAGCCUUUUGUGUUGGAUACUGCAUCUCAAGGGAAGGCGGCGAUAGAAGAACAACCCGCACCUAUAGACAAGGAUCUGUUGAGAAGGUUGGAUCGAUUCGAUGAUUUUAUGAAGCAGAAUCAAGGAUUGAGCAGACAUGGUGGGUUGGACUACGAUGAAUUGUGUCUUUUCCUAAAUAUUCAGCUACCAUUGGGAUUCAAAACUCCCAAAUUCAGUAAGUAUGAUGGAACCGAAAAUCCUAAGACACAUCUCAAGAUGUUUGGCAACAAGUUGGGUAAGCCCGUGGAUGAUGAAAAUCUGCCUAUGCGUCUAUUUCUGGAAAAUUUAGAGGGAGAUGCUCUAGAUUGGUAUUCAAAUUUGAAGUCUGGAGAGGUCAAAACCUGGUUGGAUUUGUUAACAGUUUUUGUGAAGCAAUAUGAGUUUAAUUGUGAGUUGGCACCGACACGAACAACACUGGAGGGUACCAAAAGAAAGCCAUCGGAAGAUCAUAAGACCUAUGGAAAACGGUGGAGAAAGUUAGCUGCCAAAGUGCAGCCUCCUAUGACUGAGGAGUAG